AAAAGCAAAUGGGUAAAGAGCAGAGACAACCAAAGAAGGAAAAAAAAAAUAGAAAUGAUUAAAAAAAAAAAAAGUUCAAAUCGGUACUAAGCCAAAUGCAUGCAUUUUCAGGCAAGGCUCAAAGGCACCUUUCCUCCUAUGGGAGUAGGGAAGUUUUUGUUUUGUCUUGGUGCUCAAACCAUAGGGUGGUUGGCGAGGGACCAGUGAGACACACAACCUCCUUGCUCAAGGAUUUGGUCUCCCAUCUCUUUGCACCCUCACUUUUUACUUCCUAUGACCGUGUUGGUGACAGUGAUUCCAGAAGCAAACUAUGUAUGGAAUAAUCAGUGUCUCUUUCGGUCCCCAGGAUAGUUGCAAAAGUAAUUAAUAUAAGCUGUGAAAGUAACUUCUUUUAAUUGUGGGGAAACUGAGGGUGGAAGAAGUACCCCGUAUUGCUACACACACUACGUAGCUAGAAGGCACUCCACUGCUAGGCCUUUGCUCUUACUCUUUAUUCUAGAGAUUUACUCAGACGCGUUAGAAAUAAAAUUUGAACUGGAUCUAGUCCAUGGUAUGUAUAUAUCCGUAUUUGAAAUAUGGCCCGAGAAGUGUGAAGGUCACACGCUUUGAUACCAGCUGUACUCCGGGUUUAGAUUAUACUUCUUAUUUAGCGUUGUGCACCACAAUGUUUUAAGGAUUAUAUUCCUGGUUAUUUUUAGUUAAGAAACUCAGAAGCAACAAAGAUGUGACAGACAGACUGUAAGGUGGCUCCAUGAUUCCCAGCAGCUCCUGGUGUUCACACGUCUGUGGGAUCCCCUCCCUUUGGGUGCAGUUGGGAUCUGUGACUUGCUUAUAAACAAUAAGCAUAGCACAGGUGAUGGAUGUCAGUCCUGUGACUACACUAUGUUACAAAAGACUCUUGUCUUGCUAGCAGGCUCUCUCUGGAGACUGUCAUCUCUGGCCUGAUGAAACAAGUGGGCACGUUGGGAAGUCCAUGUGGCAGGAACUCUGGGGGGCCUCUAGGAGCUGAAAACAGCCUCCAGCCAAUGGCCAGCGAGAAGCCAGUUCCCCGAGGUCUGCAUACACAAGGAGAUGAACUCUGCCAACCAUCUAAGUAACCCCUGGAGAUAGGUCCUUCCCCAGUCAAGCCUCCAGAUGUGAAUGUGGACCAGAGGACAUUUUAACUGUGGCUUUAUGAAACCCUAAGCAGAAGACCCAUUUAAGCCGUGCUUGGACUCCUGACCCACCAAAAUUGAUUGGAAAGCUGAGAAUUGAAUCAUUUUAUGCGGAUGCUUGAGACUGCAGCAGCCGUCUUAGAAGAGAAGGACCAAUUCUCCCUGGACUCUGGAGUCCAAAGUCGCAGACUUAAAUCCCAGCCACUUCAUUUUCGAAUGAUCAUGAUAAUGAUGAAAAUAAUGAUGAAGAAGAUGCCGAUGGCCAUGGCAAUGGGCAGCGUCUGCGGGGCGCUCACUGAGGACGUGACACUGUUCAGAUGCUUUCACGUGUCAACUCCUUCAUUCUCCUACCUGAAGACGUCAGCUGGAUUCUCUACAGGCUCCAUGAUGCUCUUUCUGCUAUUCUCCAUCUCCAGUUCCUGGCACAGAAUUCCCGAAGUCCUUGGAAUCUCCUGGGCGAUAAGGGCCCUGGGUUUGAGAGGUAGAGCUCUCAAGAAGAGCACCAACAGGUAUGAUUUGGAAAACAGCACUUGGCUUAUCUGGAAAAGUACAAACUCACGGAACGAUGAAGGCUCAGCAAGGCCGGCUGAGGAGGAGCCUGGGUCCUGUUGGGGCCUCUCACGGGCGCUUGGGGCCCUGCCGAUGGUGACCAGCUCCGUGGGGGGAGCAGAGGACGCACCUUCUGCAGGACAACUUUUCAGAUCUACCCUCAUCCCUGCAGACUGGACUUGAUGCAGAAAACCACAGUGUUUGGCCUCAGGUUCAGGAACAAAAGGAUACACACAGAUCUGCUGUUCCUACUGUGGGAGGAGACCCCCUCUGCCUGGUGCUGCUGACCAACCCCGAGCCCUGGGGGCUAUGCUUGUUCCAGUAAGCCGCCUUAUCAGUGACGCUGAUGAUGAGAUGGGGGAGAAGCUUGGGGUUGGUGGGAGCAAACGUGUGUUCCCACAUCCUCCUCUGGCUGUUGGUUAGUCUCUGAACUCCAGAUGCCCAAUAGGCUGGGGGAAGGGCUGUGCUUCAUAUGCAAAGAAAGGGAAGUGAUAAGGCUUUUAAAAAAUUAUGACAGCCUGGGGAAUGAAGCUUAGUAUAGAAGCAAUAUCCUCCAUGAAGCAGGAUACAUGCUUCAGGAGCCCGGAGAACAGAGACCGAAUCCUUAAAACCAGAAAAGCAAAACGCCUGAGCUGCCCAUGACAGAGUCACAGCUGUAAUGCCAGGAGGAUGCCGCUGCUUAGCAUCAUCAGGACAAUCAGAGAAAACAAGCCAAAUGAUGCUCACUCUGGGAACAGGAAAGAUCUAUUUAAGAUUGCUCUUUUUAAGAGAAAAUGACCUGUCUGGAGAUGGCCAGAUAAUGCUAACCAAAAUACCAAUUCUGAUUAUGGUCUAUAGGGAAUGGUUUGGAUAAGUAUGUACUUCAUUAAAAUAAAGAGAUUACAGAGGAAAACAAAACAUGAAAAAACAGUUGUUUUUGGAGGGGCAGUGGUGCCUGCAACCUGUCGGAACAUAUCCUAAUUUUUCUCUUGCCUAGCCACAAUGCUUUUCUGCUCCUGACCCCGUCAGCUCGUCCAGACACAGCUUUGGCUGUGCCAUGUUUGUGCUUCUGUAGAGAGAAUAUCUCACCUUUGUGCCACGUCUCUCCGUAUUCGCCACCUCCUCUGAUGUUGGCUACUGCAAGGACACCGCCCAUGUGUCUCACAAAGAUGAGCCUGGACACACUGAGAAGCAGUUCAAAUAAUUAGCCUUCCAUUAACCACCUGGUAAGGACCAUGCCGUGUCUCCCCAUCAGGAAAAAUGUAUCCCCGAAGACAUUCCACAUGUAAUAUUACUGCAAUAGGAGCCCAGUAUUUGUAUAUUAUUUGAUUAAAGUGCAAAAUAUAAAAGUUCUGAUGAAUGUUUAACUGCAAAGUUCAUAUAUUUUCAUGUGUA